AUGGGGAAUCACAAAUUUUAUUCAUGGAUUUAUAGUUUGGUUCUUGGGUAUGCCUAUCCUGCGUUUGAGUGUUUCAAAACGGUGGAGAAGAAUAGAGUUGAGAUUCAAGAACUUAGAUUUUGGUGUCAAUAUUGGAUUAUCGUAGCAGUGCUGUCAGUUGUUGAGAGGAUUGUUGAUACCUUUAUCUCUUGGCUGCCAAUGUACGAUGAGUUGAAGUUGGUUCUGAUCAUUUACUUAUGGUAUCCGAAAACGAAGGGGACUAGAUAUGUAUAUGAAUCAUUUCUACGGCCUUAUUUGUUGAAGCAUGAGAAGGAUAUCGACCGGAGUUUACUGGAAUUUAGGGAGAGAGCAUGGAGCCUGGCCAUUUUUUAUUGCCAAAACUGUACACAACUGGGUUCAGCAAAGAUUGCGCAAUUCCUUCAUUUUGUAGCUUCCAAGUCUGCAAGGAUUAAUCCUAGCUUUGAGAAGGUCGAAAAUCAGCAAUCUAAUGAAGCUCCUCCACCACCUCCUCCUCCUCUCACCCCACCUAGUACGCCAUCAAGAUUAGCCAAGAAGAAUGACAGCGAAAGUCCAAGGCGGCCAAUAACACCAAGAACACCCUCCUUUCGUCAUGCCCAAACAUCUAAAUCUGACUCCAUUCGAGUUCGGGUGCAAAACACUGACACUGAGGGCGUUGUAAGCCCGGACGAAGAUACCGGUUCGCCUAUGGAACGACAUUUACAUAAUGCCCGUCUUAAGCUUAGGCGAUUCAGAGCUAGCGAUUAG